AUGCUCUGUCCAGUAGAUCUUAUUCCCAUCCUGGCAAGAGCGCUGUUAUACGGCUUCCUAGUUGGCCUAGUGUUGCCCCUCGCCGUUGACAAACGAGAGAACAUAGUCUAUGUUACUGUUACGGAGUUCAGAUAUCUGCCCAUUGCAGCACAAGCGACUGUACCGCCACUUCAAGCAGUUUCGAUCGCAACUUCGCAGCCAAAAUCUCCUGUUCAGCAUCAUGCUCAUCCAGCACCUGAUUCUCCAUAUGCUCAACUGUCUGCUUCAUUUGUUUCCUCCUCCCCUGUCCGUGCGCCUGCUGCCAUGCCGAUGGACGUGCAAUCGUCUAUGGUCUCUGUUGUUUCACAUGACAUCCCAAAACCUGCUGUUGUCCCUGCAUUUGCCACUACAUACUCCACUCAACACGCUGAUUCACAUGUGGAACCGUUUACUGCUGAUGCUCCAUUCACUCACGCAUCUGUAUCUGGGCCUGCUCCGAAGCCCGUCAUUGCAUAUUCUGCAUCUUCAUAUGUACCCAAUACUGCACCUGUAACCGAUGUUAUUGAUAACAUCCCCUCGAGUAAUAUCCGUGCUCCUGCACGCCUUCCAUAUAUUGCACAUGCCGCUCAACACGAUACUUCCAUCAUUCAUGUAACGCCUGUACCAAUCACGAUACCGGCCGACUCGUCAUCCAUUGCCUCACCUCUUGCAACUCCGUAUGCUAUCCCUGCUGCUAAUACGCCUGCUAUAGCUUCUGUUUCUCAUGUGCCAGAGCCGUACGUAUUGCCCAAGGCAUCGCCCGUCAUUAGCGCAUGGUAUCCUCCUCCUAAGGACAUGCUCACAUAUACGUCCUAUGCCGGAUUAUUGUCAACCAUGGCUCCAUCUUUUUAUCCAACCCUAUCUCGGGAUGUACCUGCAUCCCCUGAUUCACCCAUAUCAACUAUGUCCCCUCCUACGUUUAUUCAAACUUUGCCUAUUUCAAAGGCGUCUACAGUGGAUAUAUCUCCUACUCGAGCCUCCUCCUUAGCGCUCUCGCCAGUUCCGACAUAUACGAAGGCCCCAGAAACUUCAUCGCUUCAUCGUUCAAGCUCUAUACUUUCUUCCAUGCCUGUGACAAGUAUGAUUGAGCAAGCUGAAGCCGCAACGGCAACUUCGUCUUCAUUAGCGCCUCAGCCAACUGAUACAGCAAUAAGGGAAACCAUGUCAGACUUGUCGGCCAUAUCGACCCAAAAAUCUGAUAGUGCGACAGAAACCUCCGCCGAAACCUCCACAGAAGCGACUAUCUCGACUACGACUACGACUCGUGGAGAUUCAACGCAAACAACGACGUUUGUUGGGUCCGACGGAACGACCACAAUUUUAACGCAAUACCCAACAUCACGUACUCGAACUAGCAUUAAUACAUCGGGCCCUCAGCUCGGUGGAUCAUCUCGUGGCCAUCUAGCACCAAGACAUGGCGGCGAGCCUCCGCUAGGGUUCGCUACACAGCUUAUGGCUACAGCGUCUGGAUUCUGUGUAGCAAUGGUUGCAGUCGUGACGGGGGCAUUGAUUCUGCCCGGCGCCAUGUUUAUAGUGGCCUAA